GAAACGGUCGGGUAGGGGAGUUGGGAUGGCGGGCGGCGGGAUUGUGAGCACGUCGCUCCUGCAUGCAUACGACUACGCAUUGGACCCUUUUCCACGAGACAGGUAUGUCAGAUUUCUUUGAUUAAAGUCAUGCUGUGCUAGCCUUGAAAAUGUGAGCCGCUAUUUUAGAUCUACGACGGCCGUGACAAUCGCGCGAUCCAGUGAAACCAGUAUCAGUGGGCUUAACUAACCGAAGAUCUUUGGCUGAGCAUGAUACAUGAUUGAACUUCGACCGGUUUGGUUUACAUGUCAUAAGGACGGUUUUCGUUGACGUUGCGGCAAUUAAUUUAUUAGAAGUGGUCGGAAAAAGUCUUCAUUCCUAAUCAGAAUUCAGUCUUCAGAUCAGAACAACACAAGCAGCUAGCAGUUAAAAAUUAGAUAGAAAAAGAGCCAAGAGCCGGAGCUGGAGCUGAAACUACGUACCGGUAGGUCUUUACUUUAUUGAACCCAGCGGGUACGGCUUAGAUUGGAAAGUGAGACUGGAGCGGCAUUUAAUAUUCAGCUCAGCAAGCCAGCCAAGCCCGAGGGCGAGGGCCGAGUCGACGAGGCGAGGGAAAGGCAAGGAUCAAGAAUUAAUCGAGGAUAUAGGAUCUGCUCAUUGCAGUUGGACCAAACCUGAAGCAACAUGCAGCGUCUAACACACUUUAUUCAAGGACAUCAGAGAGUUAUCCUGGAACUCAAACAAAAUGACCUACAGAAAUCUCUUGUCCAGGCGCUGAAAGAACUUACUCAAAAGAGGGCUGCAGCAGCUGCAGCAGUAGGCAAUACCACACGGAUUCAUGACCACCGCAACGAUGUCGCGCAAGGCGUCCAGCGUCAGAUCCACACUGGCUGGAAAUGCCAUUCCUCAGGCGGGUCCCGCUUCGGGGAAGCCUACGAGCCUUGGUCGGACGACAUGGCUUGCAUCCUUCAAGGGAGUUGUCUUCCUGGCAGCACACGCUACUGCAGAACUCUCUCCAUGUUCACCAAGAUGGACCUGAAGGACAUCAUGCAGGCAACAACAGUGAACAGCUUUCUUGAUGGAAAACGCCACUACCACACGUCCUCUGCUGCUAAACUGCCAUUGUGGUCCUCCUCAGCCCAUUCAAGAAAGGCAACGAGCCCACUGGCCAUGGCCCAAUACUCAACAGAGAGUAGCCAGGACAAGACUGAACCUCAGCCAGACCAAGGCCAGGUUAGUCAGAGACAAAGACUAAAGAUGGCUGUGCGUGAUUAUGGCUCUACUGUUGUUGUGUUCCAUGUCUGCAUUUCACUCAUGUCACUUGGAGGUUUCUAUUUAGCGGUAUCCAGUGGAAUAGAUAUGCAGUCUCUCCUCUCCACACUGGGUUUUAGUGCAGACAUCAUCCAGUCCAAGGUUGCAACCGGAACCAGCACAUUCGUCAUGGCCUACGCAGUCCACAAAGUCUUUGCUCCAGUACGCAUCGGCAUCACAUUGACAUGCACGCCUUUCAUCGUCAGGUAUCUUCGAGGGAUAGGGCUUUUAAAGCGGCCGCUCCCAACUAAAUGAAUUGAAAUGCAAACUGAAUGAGUCUUCCCAGCUCCUACAUAUGACUGAACAGGAUGGAUAGAAAUCAAGACUGAAAUUUGGAAAGUGAAAAAAAUUCACACAGUUUGGAGCUGAAUUAUUUUGAAACAAAAUUCUGACUCUUGAAGAAGUUUACUUACUUCCUGCAUUUUAUCAUGCCUUUGUUUGUAUUGCUUGUAAACUUGUUUUGUUUUUCAUUUCAUUUGAAUUGGAUCCAGUAGAGAAUAAAAAGUACAAAUAAAUAUAUUUUGCAAAGAUAUAGAAACCAUUGGUAUAGAUUACAUGAUAAGAAUUACCUUUCCUUGACCAAUUCAUAUUUGAAUUGAAUAUAUCAAGAUGCCUGGGGCCUGUUGUAUAAAAGAAAAUCUCUGGCUUUUUUUUUUUGCCAGAGUUUUACGAUGUAUUAAAUGUCAGUGGCAUAAUUUUGUUUGCUAGAGUAUUUGUUAAUUGCCAGAAUUUUUUUAUGGCAAAAGUUUUAUGCAACAGGCCCCUGGGGACGCAGAAUGACACAAACCAUGUCAAAUCCAUGGCUAAAAGGUAAUACCGUAUCCUGUCAAUAUCUGCAUUACUACAUGGCCCAUAUGACAAGAUGAAAAAUAUGGGUUUCUUCAACUUUUUUAUCACAAUCCAUGCUUAAACCAAAAUUUCAAAUUCAGUGACAAAUGGUCAAGUGUAUAACCAAUACCAUUGUAGAUAUUAUCAAUAUAAUCUGUUGUGUAGUAUUUUGUUUGAUGUGCCAAUUUGGUAUUUUUCUGCAGCCCCUGGAUGAGUGUGAGAACAAUUGGACUUUGGGCAAAAAGUUUAAUGUAUAAUAUAAUGCUACUGUCAUUGAAAUAUCAGUUCCCAUAUCUUAUGACAUAAAAUGUAUCUUUGUGUAAACUGUAAAACAACAUACACAUGUAUUGCCCGAUUUGCCCCCUCCCCACCCCUCUUUCUUUCUCUCCCUCUGUCUCUCUUCAUGAUAAAUGCAUUUUUAAUAUCAUAGAUAUUAUUGUGAUUUACCUGUAUGGUGUGACAAUUACAAGAUAAGGAUAGAUUUGGUAUGAGGGAAAGUGAAUGGUCAACACGAAUAUACUCUGAAAUUUUAAUUAUCAAUAAAAUUUUGUUUAUAUCCUUGACAUUGAAUAUGUGUUUCCUGAAUUUCCUACCACAUGUUAUGUAUUUCGCAUAUAUUAUAAUGAAGUAUUAAAAUGCAAUUUUUUAAAUAUCCACUUUUACAUUUGCUGUGCAGGUGGAAUUAUGUUCAUGGAUAUGUUAUGAAUUUCAAUGUACUGUAGUCUUUAGCUUUAUAUGUAUAAAUUCUUUCAUAAUUAAUAAAAAUGUGAACAUUUAUCAUAAAAAACAUAUUCAUCUUGACCCAAUAAUAAACAUUUAAUAGUGAAUAGACUCAUACAUGUAUACCCUUUUUCUUCCAAAACACAAUUUACACUGAUCCUUCAGAUAUAAUGUAAAAAACACUAAUAAUAAACUUGAGUGAUGUAAAAGUCACCCAUCCUGUGUCCAGAAAUCCAUGAAAUAUGAUUCACAAUUGUGGAUUAAUACUCAUAUUGUAUUAUAUAAUAUCCAAGGACAUACACCAUAUGACAAAAAUGUAUCGAAUAAUUUAAGGCAGUCUAAAGUGACAACUCUAAUUUAUGCUAAAGAUCAGCUUGGAAAGCUAUUACUGACUUCAUUGUUGAUGUUUCUUUCUUUUUUUUCUUGUUCAAGCAAGUAUUAAUAUGGAUCUAUGUAUGUAGUAUAAGGCAUUACAGUACAAAUCAUUAUUUGUGUAGGACCCUUUCUCUAACUGAAAUGAAAGUAAUAUAUUUCUAUCUGUAAUUUAUUCAUAUAUUGUAGGCUCUUCCUCGUGUGGGGUAUAAAGGUACAGUACAUGUUAGCUAUCUGCCACAGUGCUUUGUAACAAACUGUAGAAAAUAUGUAUAUUUAUGUAUUAAAGGCCACAACACACCUUUCAAGUCUGUUUAGCAAUCUGGUAUUGAAACACGUCAUUUUCCACAUUUUCUGAAAAUAUGAAUUUAUUCAAGGUACAGAAUAUCUGUGACUUAUAUAAAACAUAAAAAGAGAAUUAUAAUUUCUUAUGAAAGAGAAAAAGCAGAACUGGUUUCAAAUCGCAGACAAUCCUUUGAAUGAAAUCACUAUGAAUUUACUUGUAUACCAUGGAGGAUUGCAAUAGCCAUGAAUUUCAGUAAUCACAUCAUGCAUCAAAGUUGAACAAUUACGCCUUAUGUCUCGAUGCUCACAUAAUAUUAUUUUGUUUUUAUUCCAAAUUGGGUUGCAGACCUUUUGUAAGGUCUGCAGUGGUCUUGACUCAUUUGUGGCCUUAUGCUCUCUUUGUUCUUUUAUGUGCCAUGUUAUAUAUUUCAUGUAUAAUAUCAAAUGAUGAAUAAUUUUGUAAGUGCAUUGAUUCAAGCGAACAUUGAGUGUUAAAAUUGAUCAAGAUUCUUGCUGUGCUGGGGCACAAAUUGGUUCACAGAACAAGGAACCGGUCACCCCACCAAUCACUCGGUUUUAAACAUGAGUCAGGCAGUUUCUGUUUAUUGGUGUAUUUACACAGUUCAAGUUCAUUUUCAAAAGGAUCACCUCCAUCCAUGUAUUUCAUCUGUUUGAAAAAAAACCUGGAUAAGAAGAGCAAACAAUACAAGUGCAAAAGUCAUAUUCUACCUGUCAAUGAUUUUUUAAAGCAGCUCGGAACAUUGCAGUUGAACUUUUAGAAUAAAUAAUAUUUAAACAAGCCGUGCUUUUAGUCAUAUCAUGAUGUAUCUCAAAGUUAAAAUGUGAAGUCCUUUUACUACUUGUCUUCCAUGUGGUACGAGAGAUUGCAUUAUCAUUUUUUUCAGAUGCACAUUACUUUUUGCAUUUGUAGACAACUAAAGGUGAUUUUUUUUGUUCUUCAUUCAAAUUAUAAGAUUUGUAAAAAUUGAUUAUAUAAAAAAAAAAUUCUUUCAAUUUGUAUUUGCGUAUCAUGUGAAGAAUUAUAAUAAAAUGUGAAACAUGGAAUUGACAGAGAA